AUGGUGGAGGAAGAUGAAGAAGGUCCUCGUGGUCAGUGCAAUUCAUCCAUUUUCAUCGAUGAACGCCAUCAACUGCAAAAGCAACUCAUAGAAUAUGAAAUACAACUUAACGGAGCAAACCUUCACAGUCAGUCAGGCAGACAAAGGUCACAUCAGUUAGAGGAGGUUACAGCUAGUCUGCGAGAACGAAUCAAACAUCUGGAUGACAUGGUUCUUUGCCAACAGAAGAAAGUCAAGCACAUGGUUGAGGAAAUUGAGCUGCAAAAGCGAAAGAUGAAGCAAAAGGAACUGUUUAUAUUACAACUUUUAGAAAAAAUAUCAUUCCUUGAAGGAGAGAAUAAAGAAUUACAAGACCGUUUGGAUUACUUGAUGGAGUCACAGUCAAGGACUGAUGUAGAAACCAGGGAUGUUGGAGUAGGAUGUGACCUUCCACUGAGGAAAUUUGUAUCCAGGCUUCCGGAUAAAGGUAAAAAGAUAUCCAGCUUCGUUGAGAAAUUGAAGAUUGCCAUUGCACAAGAGGAAGAGCUGCAGAGAACAACUGAGCUUCUAUCUGCUGUUAGAUUAGAGUUCCAGGAAAAACAAGAGGCAAUCAACUCUAGCAAACAAAAAGGGGUUGUCAGCAACAAGUCAACAUGCCAAGACCCACCUCUUAUUUCUGAAUGUCACUACAAUGAGAUUGAAUCAUCUCUGCAGAACAAGCAAAGUGUCUGGACCAAGAAAGAAAAAGCAAACAGAAGUGCAUUAGUAGGACAAGCCCCUGAGGACACCAGUUUUCCUCAAGGAAGCAAAAAUGUUUUGGAGGUGUCAAUAGCCAGGCUUCCAAAAGAUGCUCAGGAGGCUCUAGACAAAGCUGAAAAUCCAGCACAAUCUGCAAGCAGCAGCAGUGAAGCACUGGUGGAUGCCUUCGAAAGAAUUUCAGUUGGAGGGGGAGAGUGUGGGGAGAACUCUGAAAAUGGGCAGAGUUUUGACUGUAAAGGCCGUGCUUUUCAGAACUUUCCAAACACACCACCCAAAACUCCACAUUACAUGGAAGUGCUGGAACUGAGAGCGAAGAACCCUGUGGCAAAAAGAAGCAAAUUUAAAGCUAAUGUAUUGCUGGCUGAGUCAAGUGGAUCGUCUUGUGGCUCCCCAGAUAUCCCUUCACCUAGAGGUCCCCCCUCUUCCCUUUCUGCAGAGGAAAGACGCCACAGAGAUAAGAAGCACUUGGAUGACAUCACAGCCGCUCGGUUACCCCCUCUGCAUCACGAGCCUACGCAGCUGCUAUCCCUAGAAGAUUCAAUAGCGAUUCAGAUCCAACAAAAGGAAGCUUAUGAGGAAAUGCUAGCCAAACUUGCAGCCCAGAAGCUUGCAGGCAGACUAGGCCCUCAGAUGGCCAGCUAUGAGCCAGAGGGGGAGACGCUGGGCAACUACAGAGAAGUGAGGGACGAGGAAUGCUACAGCUCAGCUGAAGACUGAGUGCAAGGCAGAAUCUGCAGUGGAUGCCUGGGCGAAGACUCAGAAGGAUCGCAGUGCUUUUUGCUCUUGUGGGCUGCUACAUCUUUGCCCAAGGACGUUAGGAGUGCUCACCUGCGGAGGCCCUGGAUUAACCAGAGUGCUGCAGAGGUUUCCAGAUUCCCUGUUCCCUUUUCUGUUGCUUGCCAAAGAAGCUGGUGCAUUUUGAAAGCUUGUAAGUCAUAGAAGCAGCAGUCCACAGUGGCCUGCCUCAGUUGGGUUUGUGCAGGGGCAUACUGAGUCUGCUGUGCCCCCCAUGUAAAAGGGGGAGGCAGCGGAUGCAAGAGCAGCCAAGUCUCUGCCUUCUAGUCUUUGACUGAUUCCAAACAAAUGUAGGAUUUGUUAACUUGUGUAAAAGAUUACAAAUAUUUUCUAUUUAAAAAUACAAGUGUUGUGUUUCUAUAUUUUUCUAUGUGGCAUUAAAAUUCAGGAGCAUCAUG